GUCUUUCUCUCCCCUCCCCCUCCCUUCCCCAGCCCAAGGGGUCCCGAGGUGACAGUGCCUGGAACGGCGACAGGAGGGAGCCAGAGGAGGAGGAGACCAUGGACAGGGCCAGGCCUGGGCGUCGGCGACCUUCGUCGGCCUCCUGCAUCUUCCAAAAGUGGUUCGAAAGUUAAAGGAUUUGAAACCGGGCUUUUGUUGCUUUUAAUCUCAGUACAGUUUUUUGUUUGUUUGUUUGUUUGAAACUGUUUUAAAGCUUGAAACUCAAGAAGAUCUUUAAGUUUUGCACAAAAUUGAGAGAUUGUCACAGAGGGAAAAAGGAAAAAGUCAGCUGAUUUACAGGAGAUAAAGAAGUUGCUAGCUGGAAAGUCAGAGGAUGCUCUUGUUCAGUUGCCGUUGUCCAAACGCGGAGGCUCAGAACACUGGGAUCUCCCUCUGGAGGGGUGGACAAGAAGCUUAAGAAAUAAAGUCAUCUGUCUAGACCACAAAAACAAAGAAGGUGUCCAUGGGCGUUCUUCUAAGGCAUCUCCAGAAAGGCAUCUCAGAGUUAUGUUGACGAAUGUUCUAUGGACGGACUUAGGACGAAAAUUCAGAAAGACCCUACCUAGAAAUGAUGCUAAUUUAUGUGAUACCAGCAAGGUGCAAUCAGACUCAUUGCCUUCGACAUCUGUUGACAGCAUAGAGACAUGUCAAAAAUUAGAUCCUCUUCACCAAAGCCUUAAUUUAUCUGAAAGGCAUCUCAGAGUUAUGUUGACGAAUGUUCUAUGGACGGACUUAGGACGAAAAUUCAGAAAGACCCUACCUAGAAAUGAUGCUAAUUUAUGUGAUACCAGCAAGGUGCAAUCAGACUCAUUGCCUUCGACAUCUGUUGACAGCAUAGAGACAUGUCAAAAAUUAGAUCCUCUUCACCAAAGCCUUAAUUUAUCUGAAAGGGUACCCAGAGUUAUAUUGACGGAUAUCCUGGGAACGGAGUUAGGAAGAAAAUACUUAAAGAUCUCACCUAUAACUGAGGCCAGUUUGAGUGAUACAGCCAACCUGAAAUCAGAGCAACUUUCUUCAUCAUCUGAUGGCAGCUUAGAGUCUUGUCAGGAAGUAAAUCACCACAAGAACUUUUUACCUGAAAGGGCCUCAAAACCGAGUAAGACAGAUAACAUUUCGGCAAAGCAGGCCUUGCGUGAGAAAGAAAAGCACAGAGAUGAUGCUGUCGUUUCUCCUGAGAAGUCUGAUACUCAAUCUAAAGAUCUUAACAGUGGAAAUAAAGGUUGUGAUUAUCUUGAAGAGGGGACCAGCAACAAGAACGCUCCAUAUUCCUAUUCAGAGAUAGAACAUACUCCAGUUUCCAGGAAGAGAAGGAAAAGGCCUAGGAGUAAUUUACACGAUUCUCAUAAUUCUAAGUCUUCUUUGUUAACAGAAUAUAUGAAAGAAGAAGAAAAUGUCUCAACAGUCUCCAGUAAGCUUGAAGAGUCAAGGAAAACAUCUCACCAGGACCCAGCACCACCUGAGGAACUCACAUUUGAGCCUUUAGAAACAGAGGCCACUGAACUGUGCUCACUCACCAGUCAGGAGUCAGGUGUUACUGCUGCCUCUGGAAGGGCCUGUUCACCCACCAAAAGCUCAGAGAGCUCUGUUUCUAGUGAAGUGGUGGAGAAUUCUUCCCUGGCUGCGAAGGGUGAGGAACUGACUAUAAAAGAAACAUCUCUUCUAGGUGGAAACAGUGAAGAGAACCAGUUGUUGAUCUUGGCUGAACCGAUUGUUGUUUCCAGUGAUGAAGAAGGACCCUUUGAACAUAAGAAUUCAGCAAUUCUAAGAAUACAGCCUCAUCAAGAUUAUGAGAUCGUGAAUGAAAAUCAGAUUACUUCUAUAUCACAGUUGUCAGAUCUACAGUUGGGUGCAUGUGAGUCUGUACAGAUGUCAUCUGAAUUAUGUCCAUACAGUCCUGACAUGGAAAACAUUUCCUGUAUUAAACCUAAUAGUGAAGAGGAUCUGAAAUUGGAUUUUAUAUUUACUUCUGUAUAUAUUGGUAAAAUCAAAGGAGCGUCAAAAGGUUCUGUCACGUUCACAACGAAGUAUAUUAAAAUCCCAUUUCAAGUGUCCAUGAAUGAGGUGUCGUUGUCAGUAGACACCGCACACUUAAAGAGGUUCGGACUGUGGAAAAGCCAGGAUGAUGAUCACAGUAAGAGGAGCCACGCUAUCCUUUUCCUCUGGGUUUCCUCAACGUACCUUGAAGAGAUUCAGACCCAGUUAGAAAACCCUAUGUUAAGCCAGCAAUCAAAAGCAAACGAAUUCAUUUUCCUUGAGUUAAACAGUUCCAUUUCACAAAGAGAAGAAUUGAAAUUGAAAGAUAUUAUGAUGGAAAUAAGUACGACCAGCGGAGACUUAAAACUCUCUCAUCCAUUGUCUUGGGUUCAGGCAUUCCCUUUGUUUCAGGAUCUCUCUUCAAAAGAAAGCUCUUUUAUUCAUUAUUACUGUGCUUCAGCUUGUUCUUUCCCUGUUGCUGCUGAUAUAGAAAUGAAGAGGAACUCAGAAUCUCAGCCCUCAAAUUCAGAUGCCAUCAAGCCUACUUACACCUUCCUACAGAAACAAAGUAGUGGCUGCUAUUCACUCUCUAUUACGUCAAACCCAGAUGAAGAAUGGCGAGAAGUCAGGCACACUGGACCUGUUCAGAAGUUGAUUGUUUAUCCUCCACCACCUACCAAGGGGGGCUUGGGAGUAACUAAUGAAGAUCUGGAGUGUUUAGAAGAAGGAGAAUUUCUUAAUGAUGUAAUCAUUGACUUUUACCUUAAGUAUCUUCUACUGGAGAAGGCAUCAGAUGAACUUGUUGAACGAAGUCACAUUUUUAGUAGCUUUUUCUAUAAGUGCUUGACGAGAAAGGAAAAUAAUUUAACAGAAGAUAAUCCAGAUCUCUCAAUGGCUCAGAGAAGACAUAGAAGAGUAAGAACAUGGACUCGCCACAUAAACAUUUUUAAUAAAGACUAUAUCUUUGUACCUGUAAAUGAAUCGUCUCACUGGUAUCUUGCAGUCAUUUGCUUUCCAUGGCUAGAAGAAGCUGUGUAUGAAGAUUUUCCACAAACUGUCUCCCAACAGCUCCAGGAUCAGCAGUCUCCACAAGACAACAAAACAAUAGAUAAUGAUGCACAUGCCACUUCACCAGGGUCUGCAAGUUCGGAGGAUUCCCAAAGUACCGAGAUAAAUAUGCCAGUACCAAAGAAAAUGUGUAAACGGCCAUGUAUUCUCAUACUAGAUUCCUUGAAAGCUGCUUCUAUACAAAACACAGUUCAGAACUUACGAGAGUAUUUAGAGGUUGAGUGGGAAGUUAAGCGAAAAACUCACCGUGAAUUCAGUAAAGCAAACAUGGUCGACCUAUGCCCUAAAGUCCCUAAGCAGGAUAAUAGCAGCGACUGUGGAGUCUAUUUAUUGCAGUAUGUGGAAAGCUUCUUCCAGGAUCCCAUUGUUAACUUUGAACUUCCAAUUCACUUGGAAAAAUGGUUUCCUCGCCAUGUGAUAAAGACCAAGCGGGAAGAUAUUCGGGAGCUCAUUUUGAAACUUCAUUUACAGCAGCAGAAGGGCAUCAGUAGCUAGUUAAGCUGCACACACACGGCGCAUGCUCUCUCAGCUUACUGGAAAGCCGCUUACCAGCAUUUGUGUCAGCUUACAGAGAAGAAAGUAUCUUGCAGUAGUUCAUAACUUGUUAAAAUGUACAUGGUAUCUUGUUUGAGUCAUUGGGCUCUUUCAGGUAAAGGUGACGUAGAAGCACUUAUAAGAUAGAAAUGAAAAUUUCGUAAAUAUGAUAUUUUUAUGACUAAAUAUGCUUGGAUUAUGCAACAGCAUAUGUAAUGUGGGAAUGUUUUCAUUAUGUAAUAAAACUAUGUGAUCUGUACUUCCACAUAACUGGGUGCUGAUGGGGGGGCUCCUCCCUGGUGCCAGCCCCAGUGCUUGUCAGGUGUUGGCAAGUCACAUCAUAUUGUAGUUCUAUUCUUUGCAGCUCAAGCAUGCAGUAUGAAUACUGUGUAUUUUUUUAAAAAGAACUUAGUAUCAAGGCUUCAGAAAAUGCCAUUCACGGCAUCUCUUCUGUAUAGUGUGGAAAAAACCCCGAAAUAUCAUUAGUCAAAAAAUUACCCUUUCAAAGUGCAGCUUAUUAUUCUCAAUUGCUAAAUGCAAUUACUUUGCUCUGAUUCCCUCCUCCACUUUUUCCGAUGUCAUUUAUAGGGAUAUGAGAAAUGGGUUCAUUUGUUCAGAUAAAAUGUGGAACAAACUUUAAUACCAGAUUAGUUUAAAACAUUAUGUAGCUAAGCUUUAUUUGAGGUAUAGCAAUAUAAAUAUUCAUUCCUAUAUUAUCCCACAAUGUGUGUGUACAGUUUCUAUAACAGAUAAAACUUGGUGUUCUCACAAUUUUAACAAAGAGAAUACUUUUAAACUUCUAUUUAUUAUUUAGAACCAAAUAAUGUAAUUUUAUAAUUUGGUUUACCCACCAUUCAUCUGUAAAGGCAGAUUUCUCAUUUCUUUUGUAUUUUUAAGUUAUAGUUUUUAAAGAUGUAUGAUCCACCAUGGAUCUUACACAUACAGUACCUAAUAUUUUAUUAAAUGUUCAGGUAACAGUUCUACUGAAUUUAUGUAAUGAUAGUGAUAUUAUGUAGCAAACAUUUUAGAGUCGAAUGCUAUCAGAAAUAUUUUAGGAAGACCUGAUCAUACUGUUUUCUCAGAUAAUGGGUUUUAGAAUAUUAUUUUAAACAUCUCUUGGAUUUACAAUUAUAAGUGUUUAUAAUUUGAAAGCAUUUGAAACAAAGGCAAUUUAAGAUAAAACUGAGAUGUCUGAAGGUUUUACUUCAAAAUCAAGUGACUUGGGGUUGUCAGCCUCCCUCGUUCCCUCAGUUCUGUAAAUCUUGUCUCUCUCUGCAUUCUUCAAGAUACUUGGAGAUCUUACAUGACAAUGGUUAUUAGUUGCGUAUUUCAUUCCCAAUUUGUGUGUGUUGGGGAGACAUUUUUUAAAAAGUGGCUGUUCAUUGUUUUGUACAUCUAAUUUUGGAAAGCAAGUGUGUAAGACAACAUCUUGUAAUUUCUGAACUUUUUUGUUUGUGUGUUUUCCCAAGAUAGCACUGUCCUUCAUCAUGCUUUGGAGACUUUAAAAUUUGUUUUCCUCAACUCAUGUAGAAAUAAUGAUUUGAGGUUAUCAAUAUUUUAUAUUAAACAUGUUUUCAAUUGAUUAAA